UUGACAUUUGUCAUGUGACAAAAUCCCCACAGAAAUACAACUCUGUUAUUAACAGUGAAAAAAUCUACACUGUCGUCUCCCCGUUUGUCAUAUGAUCAAUUUUCAUCGGACGAACAAAAAUGCUGCGAAAUUUAAUAAUUUUUUCUUUGUGCGUAGUGGCAAUUAAAGCCACUGGUGAAUUCACCGUUUUAAGCACACCCAAAUCAUUGUCUUUCAAGGGUAAUGAGCCAUUACAAAGUCGUGAUGUUGGUGAUGUUUUGUACGCUUCUUUGGGAAAUGCCGUAGCUGGAGACAGUCAGUGGUCGGGUUUGACUAUUGUAGAUCCCUUUAAUUUACCCAAGGGUGUAAUUGCUGUAAGUUUGGAUGGCGUGGAACACACAAAAGUUUCUGGAGCUGGCAAAACUUACCCAGUUCAAGGUAAUACUGUGGAACAAUCCUUGAAUGGUGUCAGUGCUCAAUUGGAAGCCGAUGGUGAACCCGUUUGCGAUAUCAGUUUCGAAAAUGUUGAAGAAGGUAAGUUGAGCUUCAAGAACACCAUUGGUGAUGUUGAAAUACCUGCUGUUGCCAAUACCAAGUACUUGAAUGGUGACCUCCACACUGCCGACAAACAAUUUUUGGAAAGCAUUGCCUAUGUAAAUGCUAUUGCCGAUAACUUGGUUAACAUGGAAAAGUCUUGCAAUUACAUUGCCAUCCAUUUGUUCGUUGAUGCUGUUGCCAAGGCUCAUGGCGAAAACUCCGAAGCUGUCAAUGAAGCCUUAGAGCUUUUCUCUACCGCUGUCAAGCGUGUCAAUACAGCUGCCCAAAAAUCUAGCAACAAUGAAGCCUUAGUUGUCGUCGUUGUUAACAAGGCUGAUGCCAACAGCCGUAGCAAGCGUGAAGUAGCUCCCAGCGAUUCUAAGAAUCUUUACAAUUUGGCCGAAUACUACAAUCAAGAUUAUCCCGUCAUUUUCAACAUCAUCUUGUGGUUCAUGGUUGUCUUUGGUUUUGCUCUAUUGGCCAUCUGCUAUGCCAUCGGUUCCAUGGAUCCUGGUCGCGAUUCUAUUAUCUAUCGCAUGACCUCCACUAGAAUGAAGAAAGAUAAUUAAAUUUUUUAAGUUAAUUAUUUUAACUUAAACAUAUAAUGGCUCAUUAACAUCCAAGCCACAAAAAAAAUUUUUUUUGUUCAUUUUCUUUAAAACAAAAUUUGACAAAAACUAAAUUCUUGUGAAUUUUCUAAAAACCAUCAACAACAUCUUUUAAAAUAACAAUGAAAACAACAACAAAUAUUAUUAGUUUAUUAUAAGUUUUAAGUAUUAUUUGUUCUUUAAAAAAAAUACAUUUUAUAGAAAGAAUUGGGGUCUUUCUUAAAUUAAAAUUUGUUAUAUUCCUUCCUUUACUUACAACAAUUCCAUUUCUAUUUUUGGUCCUAUUUUUGUUUUGUUUUUCUUUAUAUAUAAAAAAUUAAAUAAAUUAUAUAUUAUUGUAAUUUAAUCACCUUACAAAUACGUGUUCUAUUGUAUAAAGGAUUAAGCUAAAUACAUA